AUGGAAUUCCAGCCAACUUUGAGCUUCUUUGAUGAUGAUAAAGCUGGAACUUUUCAACCGCAUGAUGAUGCCUUGGUGGUUACCUUCCGGAUAGGGGAGUAUAAUGUGAAAAAAGUCUUGGUGGAUCAGGGCAGUGGGGCAGAGAUCAUGUACCCUGACCUGUACAAAGGGCUUAAGUUGAAGCCCAAGGAUUUGGUUAGCUAUGAUUCCCCUCUUGUAGGGUUUGAUGGGAAGACAGUUAUUCCAAAGGGCCAGAUCAGAUUGCCUAUUCAAGCAGGGUCAGUAGUCGUUGAAGUAGAUUUUAUCAUGAUGGACGCGUAUUCCUUCUAUACUGCUAUCAUGGCAAGAUCUUGGCUUCAUGCGAUGAUGGCUGUUUCUUCAACUUUGCACUUGAAAGUGAAGUAUCCUUCAGGGGACCAGGUCGAGGAGCUGAUUGGAAGUCAGGCUUUGGCUAAGCAAUGCCUAGUUGCAGCAAUUAGACAUCAGUCCGAAGGUGAAUCCUUGGCUACCAGAGAAAAGUCUUUAUAG